AUGCUGAAAACGAUGGACCAUGUACUUGGACGGCUUCUUGAUGACCUUGACCGAGAAGGAUUUCUAGCUUGUAUGAAUCUAGCCAUAAUAUCAGAUCACGGAAUGAGUCGCAUCACUAGCCACGUGCUUGAGGAUUUCAUGAAUAUAACUGGUCUGUUUGUUUCGUAUGGUGCUGAAGCGCAGAUUUUCCGGAUAAACUCAACGUUGACCCAUGACAAUGUGCUAGAGCGCUUGAGGUGCCAAACUGGCGAUUAUGCUCGCGUUUUCACAAAGGAAACAAUGCCUGUUCGUUUCCAUUACACGAAGUCACGACGAAUCAGCGAUGUUGUUGCUGUUGGAGUAAACGGUGGAGUCAUCAAUGCGUGA